UAUUAAAGUUUAAUAUAUUUCAUAAAAAAUAAUGCGAAACAACGCAGAGAAAGUCCCACUGUUUCUACGGUAACAAGUUUAUUCAUGCGAGACGAGGUGUUGGGAGGUGGAGAUAGAAAUAAUAUAAAUACAAAAUCUCCCUAUAAAAUCCAAUACAAUAACAAAAUGUACAAGUCAGCUUCCAAAGUCUUGGAGAAUUACAUCCAGAAUUACGACAAAGAACAAACAUGGAAUCUCGCUAAGUCACUCACAGAGAAUUGCACAAACACGCCGAUCAAACGUGAAGCAAGAAGGCUGAGACAAAACACGGGUUCUUCAACCAUCGAGAAGGAAAUCCGACUUGCCAAGCAAUUGUUGCCGACCUCGUACACCGAUGAUGUGAAUGUCGAUGGAAAUGUUGACAUGGAUGAUUUGUUGAUAUCUCACAACAACCAGGACAUGCCAACAUUGAAUGUAGAAACAUCUGUAAAAUAUCGAAGAAACCUUAACAAUGAAUUCUGUUCAUCACAAUCACAACUUCCAAUUGUAGAUAAUCAUGAUUAUGCUGUCACAGACGUCUCA